CGCAGCGAGAAAACAAUAUUCCCACAACACAUUGAGGACUAGCAGCUCCACCAGCCCGGUUACCUACAGCUACACAUGCUUCCUAUCGAAAACAGACCCACAGCAUAUCACCCUGGACAAGAUGUACCACUCUGACCACGGUGUCGACUUCCCCGACCUCUCCUUCCAAAUCCCCGGCAGCCCUGCAGAGCUGCGCCCAGCAAACAGAGUGUGAACACAAAAUCCUCAACGCACCACACAUUUACCCUCCUCCCCUCCCCCCCUCCCUUCACCCACACAGGGCCUCCCUCUCCCUCUGCAGCUGUAGCUACAGUCGCACCCUCCCUUCCUCCUGCAACAUGGACAGCCCUCCCAAGCUGUCUGGCGAGACCCUGAUCGUGCACCACAUCCCCCUGGUGCACUGCCAGGUGUCAGGGAGGCGGCAGGGUGGCUGCGGGGGCUCGCUGAAGAGGAGCAACCCGUUCAGCCAGCCGGAGAACCUGGGCUUGAGUCGCACCACUUCGCUUCCCGAGAGAGACGUCCUUCAGAGAGAGGCUCUGCUCUACAGCAGUCUGAUCCAAACCUCCAGUGGCUCCUGGUCCUCCCACAACAGAGGAAGAGAGAGGAAGGGCGGAGGGAAGGGGGGCAGCACGGCGAGUGAUGACUCAUCGUUUACCUCGAGCACUUCAGAGGAUCAGAUGAUCACAGCUCACACGUUACCCAGAGCAAAGCCGAGAAACAGGAACCCGCUGCGUCACAAUCCGUUCCUUCUCAACACCGAAGAUGACGAGGACGAAGAAGAAGAGGAGGAGGAUGGCAACAACCUGAACGGUUACCUUGAAGACUCCUCUUUUCACCUCCACAGCGACACUAACUCCGGCCUCGAUCACGGGAUCGCUCCUUUCCACUUACAUGACCUCGGCUUUGCUUCGGAGCCUUUCGUCUUGAACAGCUCAGUGAGAGGCAGCAGCCGGGAGUCGCUGAGGGCCGUCGUCUCGGAUCUCUCCAACCACCUGGAGGACCUGGACAUCCUCGGGUUGGACAGCCAGCGUCGCCAUGGCAGCAGCGGCUCUAACAUGUCCAUGGAUUGCGGAGAACACGACUGGGGCGAUGACGACGAAGAGGACGAAGAUCAUCCCAUGCGGUGCGGACGAAGCAGCAAGACGGGGUCAUACUCCUCCACCUCCUCCGCCCAGCACUGCUCCUGCUGCGUGCUCUCACAAAACUACCCCCAACACUUCCCUGAAGCCUUCUCAGAGCCUUUCUCAGAGUGCCAUCGGGGCUACGGCAGCGACUCCUCGUGCAACAGCUCGGACGGCGUGCUCGUCAACUUCAGCGCCAUUUACAACAAGAUGAACAACGGCGUCCCGGAGAAGCCGACGGUCCCCGCGCCGACCAACCUCAACAGCUCCACCGACCUCUCCUGCACCUCGUCUGUGUCCGACCCACAGGGGAACCAUCGUGACUCAACUGUAGGAGCUUUUUAUUUAGAUCUCCACACCUCGCCUACAGAACCUCCCCUCUCACAGCAAAAACCUUCCUGCCUCGGCAACGCCUUCCCUCUCAUCCGAGAGCCACAGCUGUCCACUUCCUCCACCUGCUCCUGCUCCGUGGAGCACCAGGCCGCGCUCGACCUCGACGCUAACUGCAACUCCUUCCACCCUCCGAAUUUUGGGUCGUCCGGCGAUCUCGCUUCUUGUCUGCAGAGCCAGGCCCGCUUGGUGGUCGCCACACAGAACUAUUACAAGCUGGUCACCUGCGAUCUCUCGUCCCAGUCGUCCCCGAGUCCCGCAGGCUCGUCGGUGAACAGCUGCUCUGAUGAACACAGCAAAGGAAGCCCCACGCCGACUCAGCCCAGCGAGUACUUCCUGUUCAGGCAGCUGGCUGAGCAGGGUGUGCAGGAAGAGGAUGAAGAUGUAGAGUCAUUAAGGAGAGACGACGACGACGAUGAUGAUGAUGAUGAUGAAAAUGAUAACAAAGAGGAGGAGGAAGAAGAAGAGGAGGAGGAGAAAAAGACUGAGCAGGCGGUCAGCGGGGGUGAAGCUGCUCCUGCUGUGAUUGAAGGUCAGGUGUACGUCAACAUCUCCCCUCCUCUGGGGAGCCGGGGCGUCAUCGGGGCCUCGUCCUCCACCUCCACCUCCGCCUCCGGUAGCCGUCCCCGUUCUCGCAGCUACGACCGCAACCUGGAUAAAUCUCCGUCUCCUCGGCUCGGAUCUCUGGAGCGCAUGCUGAGCUGCCCCGUCCGGCUCAGCGAGGGCAUCGCCCCGGCGACGGCCCCUCCUCCUCGGGUCACCUCCUUCGCUGAGAUCGCCAGAAGCAAGCGGAGAAACGGAGGCUCGGGGGGGUCGCCGCCGAUGAAGACGACUGCAGACCCUUUCUCGUCCACUCACUCACACUCCUCGGUGGAUUUUUCUCCGAUCCUGGAGCAGCGUGCGGAGGGCGAUGCUUGCAGCCUGUCACCUGUUCCCUUCACCAGAUGUUACAGCCAAGGCAGCAUAGAGAGACACCUGGAAGGAGGAAAGCAGGCCCGGGCCAAAGCUGAAGGUGGUCUCUCCAGCUCCUCAGACAGUCGCCUCGCUGUGGUCCGCUACAGUAAAGACCAGCGGCCCACCACUCUCCCCAUCCAGCCCUUCACUUUCCAUCACCAGUUCUCCUCUAAGCCCGCGCAGCCCAAACCGCUGCUCCCUCUGCUCACAGGCUACGUGUCCGGCAUGCAGGCUCGCUCCAACUCUGGCUCCGGAUCAGGCUCGGGAUCUGGAUCUGGCUCCGGAGGUCCGGGCGGAGAGGACGGCGAGGACGCAGCAGAGAAUGUGCACAGGUACCAAGGUGCUCUCACUGCAACAGCACCUCCUCCCGGCUCAGUACGGCCUUCCCCUCUCGGGAGCUACUCCCCGGUCCGCCUCCACGGGGCCCCCAGCUCCGGGUCCUGCUCCACCUGCACCCCGAGCCCCCAGCCGGCACACAGUCUCUCCUGCCCGCUCUCCGCAGGCGUGAGCCCCCUACGCUCCCCUGCGCAGACAGCCAAACAGAGCUCGGGGUCGGGGCCGUUACCGUCCACUCCUCCGCCUGCGUCUCUGGGAGCAAAGAGAGGAGCGGUGCCGCCCAUGCUGCCGCCGGUGCAGGGACACUGUUUCCACCGCGGAGGUCUGAACAGUUUACCGGCGUUGCCUAGCGACACGCUGAGCCCGCUGGGAUGCCUGGAGUCUGGGAACCACAUGGAUGGAAGCAAAGGAUCUGGAGCCAGGACACAUAAUGCAAUGGGCCUAUCAGCGAAGCAGCUUCAGCAGAGCUACAGCGACUUCUUGCCGGACUAUUUCUCUCUGACUGAACGGCCUCCGGAGGAGUUCUGCCUCUCCCCCGACGCCUCCACUUCCUCUUCCUCCUACUCUUCCUCACAGUCUCACAUCUCUGUCGACCUGACGCAGAAGAGAGGUUUGGUGAAAGCCGUGAAUACAGCUGUGGAUCUGAUCGUUGCUCACUUCGGCACCAGUCGAGACCCAGAUGUGAAGGCUAAACUGGGCAACAGCUGGGUGAGUCCCAACGUGGGUCACCUGAUCCUGAAGUAUCUGUGCCCCGCUCUGCACGAGGUUCUGCAGGACGGGUUGAAAGCCUACGUUCUGGACCUGAUCAUCGGCCAGCGGCGCUGUCAGCCCUGGAGCCUGGUGGAGGCGUCCACACAGCUGGGCCCGUCCACGCGUGUUCUCCACAGUCUUUUCUCAAAGGUGAGCCAGUUCUCAGAGCUCACCAGCCACAGCAUGAGACUCAAUGCCUUCAUCUUCGGGCUGCUCAACCUGAAAUCUUUGGAGUUCUGGUUCAAUCACCUCUACACACAUGAAGACAUUGUAGCAAUGCACUACAACCCCUGGGGUUUCCUCCCCUUGUCCCACGGAGCGUGUCAGCCGCUCUUUGAGGAGCUCCUCCUCCUGCUGCAGCCGCUGUCGCUCCUCCCCUUCGACCUAGACCUGCUGUUCGAGCCUCACCUCCUCCAAAAGGGCCAGGAGCAUCUCCGCCGCAAGGAGCAGCUCUGCUCCGCGGGCCAGAGCGUCGACCAGUCGUCUCGCUCCACCUUCCAGCUCAUGAGAGGAUGGAGCACCACCGUGAGCGAGAUGGUGAGGGACUCGAGCGGGGAGGCGAAGAAGGAGAAGGCGGGGCUGAGACGAGAGGGAACGUGGCCGAGGAUGGUGAGGAAAGAGGGGGAGACGACCGAGAGCGUCACAGCCGGGCCUGUCAGCAGACCGACAAUGAUGGAUGUAGGGUUUGCCAAUCUUUGGAAGGAGAGGGGGAUGAGUGGGCAGAGAAUGAAAGGUGUAGGGCAAGAGAGCCAAGGAGAGGGUGAGGAGGGGCAGGAGAAAGACAAGAGGAAGGAAAGAGAAAGGGAUUUGGUGGAAGAGGGUCGUCAGCGGCAAGAAAGACAGGCGGGUUGGUGGUACCAGCUCAUGCAGUCGUCUCAGGUCUACAUCGACCAAUCUGCAGCGGGGUCGAAAUUCGUCAAGACAGAGAAGAGGAAGAAGUCAUCGGACAGGCGACGGGGCCAACUACCACCCACCAGAGAGGGUGUGGUGGAGGGGGCGGAGUCCAGCCAGGAGGGGGAGGGGUGCAGGAGCAGGAAAAGCAGCAGCAGCUCCAGCGGAGAGUCGGCCGGAUCCAGAGGAAGACCCUCGUGGAUGGGCAGCCCGCCGGAGUCUGUUAUCAACCACGACAAAGUGACAAAGUCUCUGGAGGUUACAGGGAGCGGAGGCCAAGCUGCAGCCCAGGAGGAAAGCCCCUCACAGGGGCAGAGCCUGCGCUGGAGCAGGCUGUUUGGGUCGAGUGUUGGAUCUCCUACAAGGAUGGAGGGAGCUGAACAGAAUGCAAAAACUCAAAAGACAAGGCCUCCAUCAGGCUGGCUCGGUCUGGAUAGGUCUGUCCUUGACCUCGUAGCUCAGACUAUUGGAGCGGGGAACGGGAAGAAGGCGGAGCUCCCAGCCACACCGACUCACACCCAAAGUACUCCUGCACCAACGUCAGCCCGACCAACUGAAGCCAAACAGCAGUCUCUGUGUGAGGUACGAGCGUUGUGCCACCACAUAGCCACCGAGCCGGGCCAGCUGAGCUUCAACAAGGGCGACAUCCUGCACGUCCUGAGCAAGGCCGAUCCUGACUGGCUGCUCUGCUCCGUGGGCUCCAGCAAGGGUUUGGUUCCCAUCAUAUACGUCACCCUGAAGGGGAUGGAGGACAGCCACGAUGCCAUCGGGCUGGGGCAGUGCUGAGCUUAAAAUAAAA